CCCCGCCCGCUCCGCGGACUGGGCCUCACGGCGCACCGUAGCUCACCCUUCCUUGACGUAGGUGGCGCAGCGGCUGCGGCCCCUGCCCAGCCCCUACGCGAUGGCGGCGCAGAAAAUUAACGAGGCGCUGGAGCACAUCGCUAAGGCUGAUAAAUACUUGAAAACUGGAUUCUUAAAGUGGAAACCAGACUAUGAUAGUGCAGCUACUGAAUAUGGGAAGGCAGCUGUUGCUUUUAAAAAUGCCAAGCAGUAUGACCAGGCAAAAGAAGCCUGUUUGAGAGAAGCUGAAGCACAUGAAAAUAAUAAAGCUCUCUUCCAUGCAGCCAAAGCUUAUGAACAAGCUGGCAUGAUGUUAAAGGAGAUGCAAAAACUUCCUGAAGCAGUUCAGCUGAUUGAGAAAGCCAGUAUGAUGUACCUGGAGAAUGGAACUCCUGACACAGCAGCCAUUGCGCUGGAACGGGGUGGAAAGCUGGUAGAAAAUGUGAACCCAGAAAAGGCUGUACAGCUCUAUCAACAUGCAGCAUCAGUUUUUGAAAAUGAAGAACGUUUACGGCAGGCUGUAGAAUUAUUAGGAAAGGCCUCAAGAGUCUUAGUUAGAGGACGCAGAUUAGAUGAAGCUGCAUUGUCACUUCAGAAGGAAAAAAGUAUUUAUAAAGAGAUUGAAAAUUAUCCAACAUGUUACAAGAAAACUAUUGCUCAAGUUUUAGUUCAUCUUCACAGAAAUGACUUCGUUGCUGCUGAAAGAUGUGUCAGAGAAAGCUAUAGCAUACCAGGAUUCAAUGGAAGUGAAGACUGCGCAGCACUAGAACAACUUCUAGAAGGAUAUGACCAGCAAGACCAGGAUCAAGUUACUGAUGUCUGUAAUUCACCACUCUUCAAGUACAUGGACAAUGAUUAUGCCAAGCUUGGCCUGACUUUGACAGUCCCAGGAGGGGGAACAAAGAAGAAAUCCCCAAAUGCUCCACAGGACAAAGGAAAAGGAACACCCACAGUUGGCGCUCAUGCUGAUGAAGAUGAUGAUGAAUAUUCUGGUGGAUUGUGCUAGUUGCAAAUAUGUUUAUUCCUGUAUAUCCAACUUGCUAUUUGUGGAUGUUGAACAUAUCAAAAGGUACCAGAAUUACAGUGCUUCAUUGCAAUCAUGAUAUUGGAAUGCUAAUAAUGAUGACAAUAGCUUUCAGGUACUGUGACAAGCAUGAUUGUACCUACCAUCCUUGGAAAAUUUCUGGAUUCCAUUCCUUGCAGAGUAAAAGCUUCCUUAGGGUUCUGCCUUCUGUUGAUUGAAAAAAUUGAAUAAUAUGUUCUUCUUAAAGGCCGUGGCUUAAAAAAACUUAACCCCGUUUGGAGAAAAGCACUGUAACAAUCAGAAUUUCAAAUUAAGGAUUCAUAAAGUAAAAAUGAACAAUAAACUUCUUUAGGUUCAUUUAGUCUAGUCAUUCUUUCUUCCCACUGAAUACUGUUUAAAAGACCAUUAAUUUUGGUGUAAUUUUAGCACAUAAAGUAUCUUUUUAAAAGACUCUAAUUCUGUGCCAGAUAAGAUUGUGAUACAGGGUAAAGUCUUGGGAGUGAGAGGGGCAUGAUUCUGUUUGUUUAUUUGUGCACCAAACGGGGGUUAUAUUUUUUUAAGUCUUAUUUUUAUUAAUAUUAUUCACAGUGUAUAAAUGGGUCUGGAAAAUAGGAAGUCACUCAGCAGUAAGACAUCGUUGAAGAUCCUUUAAGAUAGCCCCGUUAUUUGAUACCUGUGCUUCUUUGAAUGAAAGAUACCAUCUUUGUUAUGUAUGUGUGUUCAGUUUGUAAGAUUGUUUGUAAUGUACAUCUUGGGAAGGAGUAAGGACACAGCAAUUAAUUUCAUAUGAGUAACGUCUCCCAAAAAAGCAUGAUAUAAUCAAAAAAGAAACUGAAAGUAGCAGAGGGUAUGUGCUGAAUAUAAAACCUUUACAUAAAAAUCUUAGCAAAAAUCUGGGUAAAGCGUUUUAUUUUUGAAAAUAAAUAUUUUUAAAAUGGUGUUUUCAGCUUUUGUGUUUUCCUCUGAAUUUGAAUACGUUUCCUUUAAUGUUCAUUUAAGCCAAGGCAUAAAGCAGCCAGUAGGUGGAUGGUGUUGAAUUUUAUAUCACUGGUGAAAUUCUCAUUAGUAAUUCAGCAGUUUGUGAAGAAUAUAAAGGUAGCUUACAAAUACGAUGCAUAUGCUUUGGGCCCAAAACAGCUAUGUUCUCUACUUUGAUUCCUAAAUAUUCUCAAGCCCUAUGCAUGGUUUUUGCAAUGCCUUUAUCCAUAUGACCGUUUUGAGCCCGCAGAAGUAGUUUAUACUACAGAAGAACACAAGAUCUGUUAUAAGCAGAGGUCACUGAGAAUCCACCUGGAAUUCAUAUGCAUUGGAAGCUGGCACAAUUCAGGAUAGCCAAAAUGAAAAUAUGCUAAGUGAGAUGAUGUUGCUCUUCUGUUAUGCAUAUGUUCAUAGACCCUUUUAAGAGGACUUCAAAGAUCCUCUGAUUUGCUGUUUGAAAAGUAUGAAUUCAAAUUUUGGAGGAAUUAGCCUCAAUAAAUUGAACUUUAUUUUCCAUAUGUUCAUGGAAAUACACCAUACUCUAAAUGGUGAGUGCUUUUAGAACUUUAUUGAUAUCCCCAGUACCUUUUAUAUUUUGAACUUUGACUAGACUGGGAGUGUGAGGCAAUCUGACAGAUGCAUAAUCUGGAAUAUUUGAAAGAGGGGAAACGUGACCUACAUGAGUGAAGGCAACUAAGGGCUUGUGUGCUUCUGGUGAAAAGUCCUGCAGAUUUUAUUACAAUUGCACAGGGGACAAAACACAUGUAAAGAUACAAGCCUAUCCGUUCAUUUUUUAAACAAACUCUUCUUAUAGCAUCUGUUUUAGGUUGUCCAAAAUGAAGUUAGACACUAAAACCUAGAUUUUUUUAAAGGUUUACAGUGAGGCUUAUUCCUAGACAACUCUCUAUAUUGAUAGAGGAUUUCCAGUUAACAUCUGUUUACCAGUUCUGGAAAGUAGGAACAAAAAAAUCUUUGUACUAAACAUACAAAUCUUCCAUUAGAAUGAAAGAUAAUAUUCAUCAAAGAGAUUAAAACUUUAAUAUUUGAUUGCAGUGUUGCUCUAAAGAAUGAAAUCUGGAGAUGUGGGUAUUGUUGAAAACUAGAUAAAGUCUAUUUUAUAUAACUUAUUCUUUCCUGUUUAGUUAAUGGAAGUGUAAUAUGACUUAUUGCCUCUACUAAAUGUUUAACUAUAAACAAAGCUUUCUGCAUAUUACAUGUUGCUGUAUGUUUCUACUUUCUAAAGCAGUUUGCACACUUCUUGUAAUUUAUCAUUGAAAUGAUGAUGAUUUAAAGUGAAAUGUGUUUUGCAGCAAGAAAUUUCUUCUCCAAAAUUAUGCCAACUCUAAAAAAGGAAAAGAGAGUUUGCAUAAAAACUCUGAAACAUGAUUAUGAAGUUUAUUGUACAUGAAGUCAAAGAUUUAUAAAUUUUACCUUCUGUUUACUAUGACUGAAUUGGUACGUGUUCAUGUAGUAUGAAACUUGUGCUUUAUCUGUACCUUUUCCAAAUCUGUGCAGUAUAAUAGCAUAUGAAAUGUGUUUGUAAUGGCUUUAUAGAUUCCUCCUCUUUGAGAAAAGGUCUGUUUCACCAACAUAAAAAUAAAACCUGAAAUUAUAAACCUGA